AUCCCACUUUCUCAAAAUACUCUUGGACCGAUCGCCAAAUCCAGGCCGUUCGUGCAAUCUAAUCUCGCCGCCGCCCCGUUCUCUCUGGCGGCGAUGGCGAAACCUCCUCCAUCCGCGGCUGCGUCAGCCGCCGCCGGCCGCGGCCCUGCCCACCACCGGACCCGACUCCUCCUCCUGAUCCUCGUAGCUGUGGCUGCCUCCGCCUUCACGGCCGGUUAUCUCCUCCGCGGCGCCCCUGUCGGCCCAUGCGAUACCCGAGGGGAUCCUGUCGACAUCGCUACCGCCCGAGCUGGCGGUGCUGCCGCGAGACCCCUCGGGUUCAUGAAGUCCAAGCUCGUGCUGCUUGUCUCCCACGAACUCUCCCUCUCCGGUGGGCCAUUAUUACUGAUGGAGUUGGCAUUUCUUCUGCGACAUGUUGGUUGUCAAGUGGUGUGGAUAACAAACCAGCGCCUCGAAGGAACAAAUGAUGUUUCAUAUAGCUUGGAGCAUAAGAUGUUGAAUCAUGGAGUGCAGGUUUUACCUGCUAGGGGACAGGAGGCAAUUGAGACCGCUCUUAAGGCUGACCUGGUUAUCUUGAACACCGCUGUUGCUGGGAAGUGGCUCGAUGCUGUUCUAAAAGAUAAUGUCCCUCAAGUCCUUCCAAAGAUUUUGUGGUGGAUCCAUGAAAUGCGAGGACAUUACUUUAAGCUUGAAUAUGUGAAACAUCUUCCUUUGGUUGCUGGAGCCAUGAUCGAUUCUCAUAUAACAGCUGAAUAUUGGAAGAGCAGGACUCAUGACCGUCUGAAUAUACAGAUGCCACAAACUUAUGUUGUUCACCUCGGGAAUAGUAAAGAGUUAACAGAAGUUGCCGAAGAUAAUGUCGCAAGAAGAGUCCUACGUGAACAUAUACGCGAGUCCCUUGGAGUUAGGAGUGAAGAUCUCCUAUUUGCUAUAAUAAACAGUGUUUCACGGGGAAAAGGACAAGACUUAUUUCUUCAAGCAUUUCAUCAGAGUCUGCAACUCAUCCAAAAUCAGAAGUUAGAAGUGCCCAAAGUGCAUGCUGUAGUUGUCGGAAGUGAUAUGAAUGCUCAGACAAAGUUUGAGACACAGUUACGUGAAUUUGUGGCGAAGAAUGGGAUCCAUGACCGUGUUCACUUUGUCAACAAGACGUUGGCAGUGGCACCUUAUUUGGCUGCAAUUGAUGUGCUUGUCCAGAACUCUCAGGCCCGUGGAGAAUGCUUUGGAAGGAUAACGAUUGAAGCAAUGGCGUUCAAGUUGCCAGUGCUGGGUACGGCUGCUGGAGGGACCACCGAAAUCGUCUUGGAUGGUUCAACCGGCCUUCUGCACCCUGCUGGAAAGGAGGGCGUCACGCCUCUCGCCAGGAACAUGGUAAGGCUUGCGAGCCAUGUUGAGCAGAGGGUCUCCAUGGGAAACAAGGGCUAUGCCAGGGUGAAGGAGAGGUUCAUGGAGCACCACAUGGCCGAGCGCAUCGCCACGGUGUUGAAGGAAGUUCUUCACAAGCAGUCUCGGCAGCAUCCUCAUUCCUGAGCUUCAUCAUGGUGUACCAUAGCAUCGUUGAUCCCUCGCGCUAACCUGUAGAUCCAGAUUUUUAACAAGGACGAGUCGAGGUGAACUGUAAAUUACAACCACCACCCCCUUUGUUCGUUUCACUCAUGGGUUUGUUGUUUUCCGUCUCUUGUGUGUGUCAGCUGGCCUUGAUGAGCUUAUUAACAUGAAUGGUCACACGGUAAACGUGUAAGCAUAGGAACUAUACUAUUUACUAUCUUAAACUCUCUUAUGUCA